AUGGACUGUGAAAUUGUACAAGUAAUAUUAAAGGGUCUAAAGGUUCUACAGGGAUAUAACGACUACCUUCGUGGAAAACUUCUUGUUAACAUGGCGACAUCAGUUCUUCAACCUGGCGAGCGCCUUCCCAAUACCAAGUUGGAACACGCAUCGCCAAGGCUGACAGACGAUGAUAGCCAAGCAAAGUUAGAGGCCAAGGAAAGGGAAACUGGGGAGCUGCCACCAGAGCUUCGGGAGAGGGCAAGGCUCGAGAUCAGAGAGGAGGCAGGGCUACGGGAGGAAGCUCUGGCGCAAAUGAGACAUUUCAUUGAGAAACAUCCGGCGAUUAAGAAGUGCAGAACGGACGCACCAUUCCUACUCCGAUUUCUCCGCACAAAGAAGUACUCCAUACCACAAGCGUGUUCCAUGCUGGAGAGAUAUUUGACGAUCCGCCAAAUGUACCCACAGUGGUUCCAGAAACUGGACCCCCUAGACCCAAAGUUGGCAGCUGUUAUAGACGCGGGGUAUCUCGUACCGUUGCCAAAGAGGGAUUCGGAGGGAAGACGGGUUGUGUUGUCUUGCAUGGGUCGCUUUGACCCCCAUCUGUACGACAGCUGUGUGAUGGCACGGAUUCACUCGAUGAUCGUUGAAUUACUACUGGACGAGCCCCGAUCCCAACUAUUGGGUUACACGCACGUCAAUGAUGAGGCUGGUAUGCAAAUGCCCCAUGUAUCUCUGUGGUCCCUCAGUGAUGUUCGAGUUAUGCUGAACUGUAUACAGAAUUCUACACCAAUGAGACACAAAUGUACUCACUUCGUAAAUAUUCCUCAUUAUGGAGUCAAGUUCUUUGAGUUUGCUGUUUCUUUACUUAGCGACAAGCUUAAGGAUCGUGUAUUGUUUCACAGAACUUCAGAUGAUUUAACCAAAUGCGUCGAUGCGUCGAUACUGCCCAAGGAAUAUGGUGGGACCGUUCCUUUGAAGGACAUGAUUGAAGAGCUGAAGCGAAAGCUUUUAAAACACAGAGAGGAUCUGCUGGCAUUGGAUGAUUUAUGCAUAGAUUUACAUGCUUUAGGGAAAAAUGAUCUAACCCAGGAUAUACAUUCCACUGCAGGGUCCUUCAGAAAACUAGAGUUAGAUUAA